CGACUUUCAUUCGAGGCUUUCGAUAAUACCUUUCAUCUUCAUUUACAGCCUACCGAAAAUCUCGUUCCUUCAACGGGUGCAACUGUUCGGUAUACUUCUUAUGAUCCAGAAUUAGGACGAGAUGUAAUCUCAAAAGAGGAAACAAUCUUUCCACAUGAUAUUCGUGCAUACCAUGGUGUUGUGAUGCAUAAAUAUUACACCGCCAAAAGACUUGCUGAAGAUCGGAUAGGGUUACGAAGAGAUCUUGACUCAAACACAUUCUCGGAAACGGAAGAAGGUGUGAUGGGAACAGCUUCUAUCAUUCUACACGAUGAUGGAACCGAAAGCGGAAAGCCAAGCUUUGAAGGUACAUUUGAUUGGGCAGGUAACGAACAUAUUAUCCAACUUCCCCUCAAUUACCUAUCCAGUCGAUCUGUUCACGAUCCAAACGUGAGAAAAAGAGCGAUAGAAGAUGGGUCUUUGGUCCUGCAUCGAAAGUCCGAUCGAAUGAGCUGGCCUGAAGCUCACUCAUUAAACAUUCGUACAGAAGAACAAGAUAAUCAAAUUGGCUGUAAUGCCGAUGGAUAUGACUUCAAUGCCAAUCAUGCCCUUCGCUUACCUUCCAGUAAUGAAGGUGAUCUACCCAGUCCUCUCUCGCCGUUCUCGUUCUUCGCCGUUCCAAAUCAACCAAAGCUUGGACGAAGAAGUGUGUUUCCCAAUCUACUGAACGGUGAGCUAUUUGGCAAACACUCACGUAGACAGGAUCUUGCCACUUCGACGAAUGGCUAUUCGUAUCAUCAAGCUUUCGUUAAGAGACAAACUGGUGCGGAUAUUAUGGGAGGAACAAAUAAUGAUUCAUACAUUGAUGAUAUUGGCUCUAAAGCAGGAUGUCCAAAUGCAAAUCGUGUCGUUUAUAUGGGCGUUGCGACCGAUUGUACAUACACAGCCCGAUUCAGCAAUUCUUCUGCAGCACGCAUUCAAGUUUUGAACGACAUGAAUACGGUUUCGAACAUCUAUAGAACCACAUUCAAGGUUGCUUUGGGUGUUGUUCAAUUGGACAUUCGUGAGUCGUCAAAUUGUCCUACUUCCGGUCAAGGUAAUGCACGAUGGAAUCAACAAUGCAGUGAUGCAUACACUUUGGAUCAGAGGUUGAGCGAUUUCAGUUCUUGGCGUGCCAAUCAGAAUGCCAACGGAACAGGUCUUUGGCACUUGUUAACGAAUUGUCUCUCAGGAUCCGAAGCUGGAGUUGCUUGGUUGGGUACACUUUGUAAGACAGACUCAUCUGGAUCGGGAAAUAACGUAGUAAGUGGAACGGGUGUUACUGCUGCUACCGCAAAUGAAGCUCAAACGAUGGCACAUGAGAUCGGACACAAUUUUGGAGCGGUUCAUGAUUGCAUUCAAAAUUGUGCGAUCAACGGCAAUACGGCAAGACAGAAUUCGGGAAGUGGCCCGAUUUGUUGUCCACUUUCGUCAUCGAAUUGCAAUUCAAAUGCGGCAUACAUCAUGAGUCCUUAUGCAACCCAACCUACCACGCAAUUCUCACCUUGUUCGAUCGGAAACAUUUGUACAAUGUUGGGACAAGGUUUGGAUACUUCUUGCGUUGUGGAUCCGUCCGAAAACGGACGCGAGACUUUGAGUGUUCAACAAUGCGGUAAUGGUAUCUUGGAACCAGGAGAGGAAUGUGAUGCAGGCCCGAAUGGAUCAAGAUGCUGCACAACACAAUGCAAACUUACAUCAGGAUCAGUUUGCGAUCCUGAAGGAACAACAUGCUGUACUAAUCAAUGUCAAUUCGCCAACUCAGCGACCGUUUGUCGUCCUGCUGUUGAUGAAAGAUGCGAUACUGCUGAAAUGUGUACAGGCACUAGCUCCGAAUGUCCAGCUGAUAUCAGAGAGAAAAAUGGUGAAUCGUGUGGAAAUGGAUUACAAUGUGCUGCGGGUCAUUGUACUUCUCGUGAUUUGCAAUGCAGAGAACAAUCAUCUUCAAGCGAUUUCAACUUUACACAAGCAUGUUCUGUCACGGCUGAUAAUAGUUGUUCGGUUUCAUGUGUUGAUCCUUCAAGGCCAAACACAUGCGCUGUCUUGCAACAAAAUUUCAUCGAUGGGACCGAAUGCGGUUAUGGUGGAUUCUGUCAAGGUGGACAAUGCAAAUCAGGAUCAUGGCAAGAUACGUUUAAUUCUUGGUACAGAAACAAUCUCAGAAUUGCCAUUCCAGUUACGAUCGUUGUUGGUGUUUUAAUCUUGGCAGUCUUGUAUGGAUUG